GGUCACUGAAGUGCAGUGGUACAAUCAUAGCUCCCUCAAUCUCCUGAGUAGCUAGGACUAACAGCAACAUGACACCCCACUCAGGUAAUUUUUUGAUUUUUCAUAAAGACAGAGACUCGCUCUCUUCCACGGCACUGCCUAUGGAGAUAGCAGCGAUCUCCUCCUUGGCAUCAUGGCCGCCCUUAGAGCCCUUGUGAAACCCAAGACCGUCAAAAAGAGAACCAAGAAGUUCAUUCCGCACCAGUCAGACCGAUAUGUCAAAAUUAAGCAUAACUGGCGGAAACCUAGAGGUAUUGACAACAGGGUUCGUAGAAGGUUCAAGGGCCAGAUCUUAAUGACUAACAUUGGUUAUGGGAGCAAUAAGAAAACAAAGUACAUGCUGCCCAGUAGCUUCCGGAAGUUCCUGGUCCACAACUUCAAGGAGCUGGAAGUGCUGCUGGUGUGUAACAAAUCUUACUGCACUGAGAUCGCUCACAAUGUUUCCUCCAAGAACCGCAAAGCCAUCGUGGAAAGAGCUGCCCAGCUGGCCAUCAAAGUCACCAACUCCAAUGCCAGGCUGUGCAGCGAAGAAACUGAGUAGACAGCUUAUGUGCAUGUUUUGUGUUUAAAUAAAA